AUGCCUUCACGAUAUUUCUUCUCAGACUUACUCAUGAUUUUGUGCCUGCUUCUAACUGUGAAAUGCUAUUUGAUACCGACCAUCGCUGCUCCGGGCAUCACUGGCACUCCUACAACACCAGCAUGUGCUCUUGUCAGCUCCGCCUGGGCAGCUCAGAGUGCCGCCACCGCGACGCCAACUGUUGAUGCUUCUAUAGCUUAUGAUUGUCUGAACAGUGUGCCGCUCGCCAAAGAUGCCGCCCUGAAGUUUAUUGAUGGAAUCGUCCCGUAUCUCGAGUGGCAGUCAGAUACAGCCUUCAAGAAGAACCCUCCCUCAGAUUACUUCUAUCCCGGCUACGAUCUGUGGCAGGCUUUGUAUGAUAUUAGAGAUCGCCUCGAGGCCGACCUUUACCUCAACGAGUAUUCUUGGCAAGCAGAUCUGUACAAGAAUGUUUUUGGUCCUGGCCACGACGGUCACUUCAUCAUUUACACGGAUCUGCUUACUAGCGCCAUCGAGUUUGGCCGCCAGUGGGCACUGGUGUCGAUCAGUGAGGACGGUACCUCGUUGCCCGUCAUCAAGGUCUACGGUGAUGUUAUCUCGAAUCCCGAGACGGCUUCCAUCGUCAAGCUGAUCAACGGGUUGGACGCUGUGACAUAUCUCGAGGGUUGGAUCUUCCAGGCUUCCAGCAACCAAGAUGCCGACUCAGCCUGGAACUCCCUCUUUUUCUCCAAGGCAUAUAACCACACUGGCACUCAAGGUUAUUUCAAGCAGGCGGGUCGUAUCAGAUACAUUUACCCCGGCGCCGACACUUCAAUCACGUUUGAGAACGGUACAACCGUUACUCUUCCCAAUGUGGGCAGAAUAAAGGGCAACUUUGCCGGUGUAAGCGACGGACCUUCAUUUUUCACAAAGUUCGUUUCAGGCGCAAUCGGUGUCAGCACAAGCACCGCAAGUGCAACUUCCACUGGCGCAACGACUACUUCUACUUCUACUACUACUAUUGCCGCCACCACUACUUUGACUACUUCGACCACUACGGCAACUGCUUCGGCGGCCGUUGCUGCUAUUCCUGGUUACCCCGGUGACCCUGUCGUCAUCUCAUCAGAUGAGGUUGUCUCGGGCUAUUUUCUCGAGGGUGAAGGGUUCGAAGAUGUUGGUGUGCUCGUCAUGAACUCAUUCUCACCUGACGACCCGGUUGAAUUCCAGCAAACUGUGCAAGCUUUCUUUGCAGCCGCUGUUGACGCCGGCAUCAAGAAGCUUGUCCUUGAUGUACAAACGAAUGGUGGUGGCUAUAUCUUCCAAGGUUACGACACCUUCCGCCAGCUGUUCCCUGAUAUUGUGCAGAACGGCACUGGCAGGUGGAGAAACUCUGCAGGUUUCGAGGCUGUUUCCGAGGUAUUCUCCGCGGCUUGCGCCGAUUACGACCCCCUCACGGCCUCCGAAGACUUGAUAUACACCUGCGAGAGUGUCUGGAACUAUCGGUACGACCUGGAUAUCAAUGACGAUCAUUUCAAGUCUUACGAUGACAAGUUCGGCCCAGUCACUUUUGAAGGCGACAACUACACAGAUGUUAUGCAGUGGAACUUCAACAACCCUAUCGACACCAUCAACUCCACCUUUGGUAUUGGCUAUGAUGUCACUGGGUACGGCAGCCGCACAAACUUCACACGUCCCUUCGGCGGCCCAGAAAAUAUCGUCCUUUUACUUGAUGGCUACUGCGCCUCUACCUGCACACUAUUCUCGCAGUUCCUGAAGUGGGAUGCGGGUGUUAAAUCUAUCGCCAUGGGUGGAAGACUUAAGGAAGGUGCUAUCCAGGGUGUCGGUGGUGUCAAGGGUUCUCAGUCCUUCUCGUACUCAUCCGUUCACGCAGAAGUAGACCUCGCCCGUACUCAGACCAAUGACACGGAUAUCCUAGCUGAGCUUGACAGAUACGGCGACUACGUAUUUGACAGAGCACCCACUCUCAGCUUGAACGUCAAGGACGAGAUUCUGCCCACCAACCAAGCUGACGGUAUCCCUGCGCAAUACAUCGCCGAGUAUGCUGACUGCCGUCUGUACUGGACCUUGGACAUGCACAAGGAUAUCACUGCGCUCUGGAAGGCGGCCGCCGCAUCUGCUUUUAACGGGUCUCCCUGCGCCUAUGUCUGCUCCAUCGCGCCAGACCGCGCCAGUCCACAAGUCGAGAUCCAUCCUUUCCGAUGCCACAAAGCCAUUGAGGCCACUCCUGCACCUCCUCGACCCACUCUCCGGCAUGACCACCAAGGACAAGGCCCAAGAGCUCAUGUUGGCGCAGCAACAUAUGGUUGUUAUUGA